AUGGAGAACGUAUCUGGAAAUGAUGGUCGUUGUUGUGGCAAAUGCGAUCGUCCGGAAUCCGCGGAUAAUAUGGUUUGUUGUGAUGAAUGCGAUGUUUGGGUUCAUUUUGGUUGCGCUGGUGUUGGAGAUUCGAUUGCAGAACCCGGUCGUGUUUGGAAGUGCGAUCAGUGCAGAAAAGAUGUACCUACCGAACAAUCGGUACACUUGAGCCAAGGUUCGGCAGCCCUAAGUAGACGAUCACAGCGUGUGCAUCUGAGUUUACAGUUACUCGAAGAACAGCGGGAAAUGAAGAAGAAGCAAGCUGUAGAAGAGGAGGAGUAUUUGAAGAAGAACUAUGAUCUAUUGAUCCUGAUAGAAGAAAAUGAUAAUGUGAGUACCAGAAGAAGCGAAGUAAGUGCUAAAUCUAGACGUGAAAGAGUAGAAGGUUGGAUUAAUAAAGGAAACACGACAGCGGAAGGCGCCAGAUCGGUUAGAACUCAGUCGAAUAAUCUAGCCUCGACUCAGUUAGGCGCUAGUGGAGAGGAAGCAAACAUAGCUUUGGAGACACAGUCAGUCCCGAAGAGUCUAGCACCGCUUCCACAAAGUUCAUCCACCCCAAAGACGUCGGUUCCUACACUAGGAACAGCAUCAGCUAUUGUCACCGAAUCACCUCGACAAAGUUUCGUCACCAGCGAAAUUGGAAAAUCAGCGCCAGUUGACCAAAUGUUCCGGGAUGUGAAUACCCCCGCCAUAGUUGUAAAGGCUGCCCUACCAUCUACCGCGACGAUUACGUUUUCAUCAGACCAGUUGAUUCAGUCAUCACGCCAAAAUAUAUCCUCCGCUCAGCAGAUGAAACCGCUUCAAAAUGCCACCGUAUAUGAUGAAAGUUCUUCGCGUCCAGCACCUUUGAUGUCGACGUAUUAUGUCCCAACGAGAAACAUUUGCGAAAUGACCAAUUCGAACAUUCGUUCCACGCGUGAUAUGAGAAACGCAUUCAGUCAAUAUAAUUCAUCGACAUCGCAGUCGCGAACAUUCUGCCCAAACCAGCCUCCGUAUGUGCAGUCAAUAGCGAACGAAGUAAGACCUGGCUGGCCGGUUCAUACGAUUCAACAAGGGCCAACCAACUCGCAACUGGCAGCGCGGCAAGUAUUGUCUCGGGAGUUACCGAUCUUCUCUGGUGAUCCAGAAGAUUGGCCCAUGUUUUACAGCUCCUUCAAAAAUACAACCGAAGUGUGUGGCUACAGCGAUGCAGAGAAUCUUGCCCGACUUCAACGGUGCUUACGAGGGCAUGCUCUGGAAACUGUGAAGAGUCGACUUCUUCUACCAGCUUCUGUUCCAAAUGUGAUAGAAACCCUGCACAAAUUGUACGGCCGUCCGGAAAUUUUAAUCAACUCGUUGUUGAAGAAGCUUAGAAGCGUUGCUCCGCCGAAGGCGGAAAGUCUCGGUACAAUAAUCACCUAUGGACUGGCAGUCCAGAAUUUAGUGGAUCACAUAAUAAUUGCUGGGCAGCAUGCACAUCUUUGGAAUCCUAUGUUACUCCAAGAGAUGGUGGAGAAACUACCCGCUUCCAUCAAAAUCCAGUGGGGUUGUUUCAAGCAGACACGAGAGAAUGUCAACCUGACGACGUUCAAUGAAUUUAUGGCAGGCCUAGUGAAUCUAGCGUCUGAUCUAACGCUGAACGUAGAAUAUACUCCGAAUUCAACGAAAUCAUCGAAAACAGAGAAAGCGAAACAGAAAGAAAGUUUGUUUGUCCAUUCUCAAGAAUCAUCCGACGUGAACGAAAAAUCCGAGUCGACAAUAAAAGUAUGCUCGUAUUGCGACAGUCCCAGUCACCGUAUUCUCGAUUGCCUCGAUUCUCAAAAGUUAGAUAUCGAUGGGCGAUGGAAAGCAGUCCGUCUGAGGAAUCUCUGUCGCACUUGUUUAAUACCACACCGAAAAUGGUCCUGUCGGUCGAAGAAGGAGUGUGGACAAGAUGGAUGUCGUAUCCACCACCAUCCAUUGUUGCACAGUGUUUCGAAAGUAUCAAGUGAUCCCGUAGCAUCGACCAGCUAUGAUCGAACGGUUUAUCAGAAUCACCAUUCGAACCAUUCAUUUUCUUUCUUUCGAUAUGUUCCGGUGACCAUAGUUGGAAACGGGAAGCAAACUGACAUUUUCGCAUUUCUGGACAAAGGUUCCAGUUCGACACUUCUAGAAGCAGAAGUAGCCGACCGCUUGGGAAUUAAGGGUCCGAUCAAUCCAUUGAUAUUAGUAUGGACAAGUAAAAUAACACGUGAGGAGAAAAGUUCGCGUAGUAUUAGCCUCACUAUUUCUGGAAAGGGACUGACGAAAAAGUACGCAAUCGAGAACGUUCAAACAGUGCAUAAGUUGGAACUUCCAAAGCAGUCGAUGUGCUAUGAGGAAUUAGCAGAACAGUUUCCACAUCUUAGAGGACUGCCAGUUAAAAGUUAUACUAACGUGGCUCCACAGAUGAUUAUCGGAUUAGAACAUGUAAGACUAUUAACUUCGUUGAAGCUGCGCGAGGGAAACAGUUGCGGUCCAAUAGCUGUUAAAACAAGGCUGGGUUGGUGUGCGUUCGGGAGACAAGCUGGAGCAAGAAAAAUGAUAGAAAGGGUGAACCUUCAUUUUAGCAUCAGCAAUCAACAUCUUCACAAUCUCAUGAAACAUUUUUUUCUGGUAGAGGAGAGCACGGUGACUAGUAAGCCAGAGGCAGAGGCUGACAAACAAGCAAUUGAAAUUCUCAAUCGAACCGUUAAACGAAAGGGAAAUUAUUUCGAGUCUGGAUUACUCUGGAAAUACGAGAACCCAGUGUUUCCCAACAGUUUACCGUUGGCGCAGAAAAGGUUGGCGAGUUUCGAAAAGCGAUUGACACGUAAUCCUGUAUUGAGAGAUAUGGUGAAACAGCAGCUCGAGCAAUAUCAACAGAAAGGCUAUGCACACAAAGCAUCGAAAGGCGAAUUGGAGAAUACGGAUGAACGAAGAGUAUGGUAUCUACCAUUGGGAGUAGUCACAAAUCCGAAUAAACCUAACAAGAUACGUCUAGUAUGGGAUGCUGCAGCGAGAGUGAAUGGAGUAUCGUUCAAUGAUAUGCUCCUGAAAGGGCCGGACCUACUAAAUUCUUUACCGGUAGUGUUGACCCGCUUCAGACAAAGAAACAUCGCAGUGAGUGGGGACAUACGUGAGAUGUUCCACCAGAUACGAAUACGGGAGGAAGACAAACAGUCUCAGAGAUUCCUCUGGAGGGAUAAUCCUGCAGAUCCGGCGCAGAUAUUCAUUAUGGACGUUGCGACUUUCGGAGCGACGUGUUCUCCUUGUAUAGCACAAUUUGUCAAAAACGAAAACGCGAGGGCAUAUAUAGAAUCGUAUCCAAGAGCAGUACAAGGAAUAAUCGAGAAUCAUUAUGUCGAUGAUUUUCUCGAUAGCACCGACACAAUACAGGAAGCAAUUCAGCUGGUUCAAGAAGUGAAGAACAUUCACGCAGCAGCAGGGUUCGAAAUUGGCAAAUUUCUUUCCAAUUCGCCAGAAGUACUGAACGCAUUGAGCGAAUCGCAACGAGGUUCGAGCAAAUGUAUGAACCUGGAUAAGCAGGUGGAUACAGAGCGGGUUCUUGGACUGACGUGGGUGCCAUCUUCAGACGUAUUUACAUUCGACACAGCAACGAAAUCGCAUAUCAGAAAUUUAAUUGAGAACCGAAGUAUUCCUACGAAGAGACAAGUGUUGCGAACUGUUAUGACGCUUUUUGAUCCUCUUGGGUUCAUUGCACAUUUCGUCGUCCACGGGAAGGUGCUCAUGCAGGAUAUAUGGAGAUCGGGGACCGAUUGGGAUGUACCAAUAGACGAUCGACUGCAAGACCGAUGGCUCCGCUGGAGUGAACUCAUAGAGCAUCUUGAGAAUGUUAAAGUGCCUCGAUGCUUCUUCCAGAAGACAAACUUUCGCCCUACGGAUAAUAUACAGCUUCAUAUCUUCGUUGACGCGAGUGAAAUCGCGUACGCAUGUGUCGGAUAUCUCCGAUUUGACGAUGGGGUCAGGCGGCAGUGUACAUUGGUUGCUGCGAAAACAAAAGUCGCACCAUUGAAAGCUUUAUCGAUUCCGCGUUUGGAACUCCAAGCGGCCAUGAUUGGGACAAGGUUAGCUCAAGCAAUUAGUCAAUCUCUGACUGUAACCGUCAAUCAGCGGUUUCUUUGGUCGGACUCAUCAACAGUGCUCGCAUGGUUGCGCUCGGAUAGUCGCAAGUAUCAUCCGUUUGUCGCGUUCCGAAUCGGCGAGAUACUUUCUAUAACCAGCAUUGAUGAGUGGCGACACGUACCAUCAAAAAUAAAUGUGGCAGAUGAUGCGACGAAAUGGGGAGACGGUCCUAGUUUUAAACCCGAGGAUCGUUGGUUUUCCGGGCCAGAUUUCUUGUUCGAGCCAGAAUACCGUUGGCCGUCUAAUGCGAAAGAAAGUACCACUACACAUGAAGAGUUACGGGCUGUAUAUGUACAUCACAACAAAUUCUCUUCGCCGCUAAUAGAUGUAUCCCGUUUUUCAAAUUGGAACCGUAUGCUGCGAGCGACAGCAUACGUGCAUCGUGCCGUGAAUAUUAUGCUGAAGCGUGUCUCAAAGGCUGAAAACUUUACUUUACUGAGCGGAGAUUUGCAACGAGCUGAAGUGACACUAUGGCGACAAGUACAGACGCAAGUGUAUAGCGACGAAGUAGUAGAACUAAAUGUUGGAGCCAACCAUACAGUGAAUAAAUCCAGUCCGUUAUACAAGCUGUCGCCGUUUCUGGAUGAACUGGGUAUUAUCAGGAUGGGUAGCCGAAUCGGGGCGGCUCCUCAAGCCCCGUAUGCAGCUAAGUACCCUAUCAUAUUACCUAAGGAUCAUCUAAUCACGUUCCUCCUUACGGACAGUUUUCACCGACGAUUUCAUCACGCGAACGGUGAAACCGUGUUCAACGAAAUGAGACAACUAUUUUACAUUUCAAAUCUUCGCUCGCUUAUCCGGCGGGUUACUAAAGAAUGUCAACUCUGCAAGGUAAAGAAGGCGCAACCUAUGCCCCCGAUGAUGGCACCGCUCCCGAAAAUUCGUCUGACUCCAUUUAUUAGACCUUUUACCUACGUGGGAGUGGACUACUUUGGACCAUUAGAGGUGAAAGUAGGCCGUAGCAUAGUGAAAAGAUGGGCAGUGCUAUUUACCUGUCACACCAUUCGUGCUGUGCAUAUGGAGGUCGCACACACUCUUUCCUCGAGGUCUUGCAUCAUGGCAUUUCGCAGAUUUAUAGCGAGGAGGGGUGCUCCAGCGGAAGUAUACACGGACAACGGCACCAAUUUUGUUGGAGCCAGCCGUCAGUUGAAUGAGGAAAUACAGCAGCAAAAAACAAUCGCUCACGAUUGUGCUACAACGUUCACAAAUGCUCACAUGGCCAGUGCUGGGAAACAGUGGAAGCGCUCUACGCGAUAG